CCCUGCCGCGGCCGAAGCACGGCGUGUUCCAAGGGCUCCGCCGCCGCCGUCGUGGAAGCAGGAUUUCCGCGGUUGUGUAAGCGCCGGUCGCGGCCGUGCAGGGGCCUGGGCUCCGCCUAGUCCCCGGGGCUCCAGCCGCCGAGCCAUGGCGGGGAACUGCGGGGCCCGCCGCGCGCUGUCGGUGCACACGCUGCUGUUCGACCUGCCGCCGGCGCUGCUGGGGGAGCUGUGCGCGGUCCUGGACAGCUGCGAUGGCGCGCUGGGCUGGCGCGGCCUGGCAGAGCGACUUUCAAGCAGCUGGCUGGAUGUUCGUCAUAUUGAAAAAUAUGUAGACCAAGGUAAAAGUGGAACAAGAGAAUUACUUUGGUCCUGGGCACAGAAAAACAAGACCAUCGGUGACCUUUUACAGGUCCUCCAGGAGAUGGGGCAUCAUCGAGCUAUUCAUUUAAUCAGAAACCAUGGAGCAGUCUUGAGUCCUUCAGAGAAGAGUUAUCAAGAAGGUGGAUUUCCAAACAUAUCAUUCAAGGAAACAGCCAAUGUCACAGCGGAUAAUGUUCUUAUUCCUGAACAUACUGAAAAAGGAAUAUUGCUUAAACCUUCCAUCAGCUUUCAAAACAUCAUAGAAGGAACUAGACAUUUCCACAAAGACUUCCUAAUUGGAGAAGGAGAGAUUUUUGAGGUGUACAGAGUGGAGAUUCAAAACCAAACAUAUGCUGCCAAAUUAUUUAAACAGGAGAAAAAAAUGCAAUGUAAGAAGCAUUGGAAGAGGUUUUUAUCUGAGCUUGAAGUUUUACUGCUGUUUCACCAUCCAAACAUACUAGAGUUGGCCGCAUAUUUUACAGAGACUGAGAAGUUCUGUCUGGUUUAUCCAUACAUGAGAAAUGGAACACUUUUUGACAGAUUGCAGUGUGUAGGUGGUACGGCUCCACUCCCUUGGCACAUUCGAAUCAGCACAUUAAUUGGAAUAUCCAAAGCAGUUCACUACCUGCACAACAUCCAACCAUGCUCCGUCAUCUGUGGCAGUAUAUCAAGUGCAAACAUCCUUUUGGAUGAUCAGUUUCAACCCAAACUAACUGAUUUUGCCAUGGCACACUUCCGGCCCCACCUAGAACAUCAGAGUUGUACCAUAAAUACGACCAGCAGCAGCAGUAAACAUCUGUGGUACAUGCCGGAAGAGUACAUCAGACAGGGGAAACUUUCCAUUAAAACAGACGUCUACAGCUUUGGAAUUGUAAUAAUGGAAGUUCUGACAGGAUGUAGAGUAGUGUUAGAUGAUCCGAAACAUAUCCAGCUGCGGGAUCUCCUUAUAGAAUUGAUGGAGAGGAGAGGUCUGGAUUCAUGUCUCUCAUUUCUUGAUAAGAAAGUGCCUCCCUGCCCUCGGAAUUUCUCUGCCAAGCUAUUCUGUUUGUCAGGGCAAUGUGCUGCAACGCGGGCAAAAUUAAGACCAUCAAUGGAUGAAGUUCUACAUACUCUUGAAAGUACUCAAGCCAGCUUGUAUUUUGCUGAAGAUCCUCCCACAUCACUGAAGUCCUUCAGAUGUCCGUCUCCUCUAUUCCUGGAGAAUGUACCAAGUAUUCCAGUGGAAGAUGAUGAAAGCCAGAAUAACCAUUUACUGCCUUAUGAUGAAAGCUUGAGGAUAGACGGAAUGACUCCAAAAACUCCUUUUGAAUGCAGCCAGUCUGAGGUUAUGUUUCUGAGCUUGGACCAAAAGCCAGGGAGCAAGAGAAAUGAGGAAGCUUGCAACAUGCUGAGUUCUUCUUGUGAAGAAAGCUGGUUCCCAAAGCAUAUAGUUCCAUCCCAGGACUUAAGGGCCUAUGAGGUAAAUAUGGAUCCUUCUUCAGAAGCUCCAGGCCAUUCUUGCAGGAGCUGGCCAGUGGAGACCAGCCAUUUCUCCAAAUUUUCCUGGGAUGAAUAUGAACAGAACAAAAAGGAAUAAAUUCCACCAGAAGAUAAAGAAAAAAGCAAGUAUUGUAUAAGCACCUGCGUAUAGGAAUGACCUUGGGAAGACAUUGGCUCUAUAGGCAAUGCCAAGAGAAUGAUCAAUGGUGAGUUUGGGUGAUGCAGAUAAACAAUCUGGACAAUUCCAUUUCUUCUUUCCCACCCUCAAACAGAGUGCCUCAAAAAAUUGUUUUAUCAGGAUAAUUGCCUUAUGACCAAACCCAUGCUCAAUUAGAGCCAUUCAAAAUUCAUUAAGAUCAUUGGUUCUGACUUUAGCCAAACAAAACAAUCAAAACCUACCAGAAAGGGACUGGAUUCUAAUGUCUUCUCCAUCAACCUCAGUGUGGGUCCUCAGAGCCUCCAUCUGCCAAGAACAUUCCGUUUGAUUCCAUCGUUUGGUUUAGCUUGCUUGCAAGGGUUGUAGGAAAUGUCUAAUUUGUAAAUGUUAGUAGAUACCUUUGGAAAGAAUCACCUUGCUAUUCUGAUUGA